UUUCUGCACUCUGCUCUGGGCCAUAGGACCUCUCUGCAACUCCUCAGGCCAGCUCUUGCUCCAGCACCAACAGCAUCUCACCGGCUGGAAGGCACUGGUUUGCCUAGGGGGAGAGCAGAAGGUUGAGUGCACAGAUGAAUAAAAAUUCUUCCAACAUAAUGGCUUUGGCUCCUAACACAUCCAACAAAAGAGAGACAGUGUGUAUAUUUGGAACUGGAGAUUUUGGAAGAGCUCUGGGGCAGAAAAUGAUUCAGUCUGGCUACCCCGUUGUGUUUGGAAGCCGAAGCCUGCAGACAUCCAACCUGAUUCCCAAAGAAGCAGAGGUGCUGAGCCACGCUGAGGCAGCACAGAAAGCUGCCAUCAUCAUUAUAGCGAUCCAGAGGCAACACUAUGACUUCCUUACACCAUUAGCAGAAAUACUUCGUGGGAAAGUGCUGGUGGACGUAAGCAACAACUUAAAAAUAAACCAGUAUCCUGAAUCCAACGCAGAGUACCUUGCUCAGCUGGUACCUGGCGCUAAGGUUGUGAAAGCCUUUAACACCGUGUCUGCCUGGGCUUUGCAGUCAGGCACGCUGGAUGCGAGCCGGCAGGUGUUUGUCUGUGGAGAUGGCAUGGAAGCUAAACAAAUGGUGAUGGAUAUUGUUCGUGCACUGGGUCUCACACCAUUAGAUCGGGGAUCCCUCUUGGCUGCUCAGGAAAUUGAAAAUUACCCUCUGCAGCUGUUUCCAAUGUGGAAGUUUCCCAUCAUUUUGUCCCUUGGCCUAACUGCAUUUUUCUUCUUCUACUGUUUGAUUCGUGAUGUAAUUUACUCUUAUGUUUAUGAAAACAAAGAUUUUUCAUUUUUUAUUGCAAUUUCCAUUCCAAAUCGGAUCUGCCCUGUGGUGGCACUCAUCCUUCUUGCCUUGGUUUAUCUUCCUGGUGUACUUGCUGCAAUCAUUCAGUUGUACAGAGGUACCAAAUACAGCCGUUUCCCAGACUGGCUGGACAAAUGGAUGCUAUGUAGGAAACAACUUGGACUAGUAGCCUUGGCAUUUGCUUUUCUGCACGUUUUUUACACUCUCAUCAUCCCAAUUCGUUACUAUGUAAGAUGGAGAACUGAGGACAGAAUUAUCUCCAAGGCACUGAACAAUAAAACAGAUCCAUUUAACAACACUAAUGGCUGGAUUAGUGACUCUUAUUUGGCUUUGGGGAUUUUAGGAUUCUUUUUCUUUGUUCUUCUGGGAAUAACCUCCUUGCCUUCCGUCAGCAACAGUGUCAACUGGCGAGAAUUUCGAUUUGUACAGUCCAAACUGGGAUAUCUGACAUUGAUUUUAUGCACUGCACAUACACUGGUUUAUGGUGGAAAACGGUUCCUGAGUCCAUCAUCAUACAGAUGGUAUCUUCCAAACGUCUAUAUGCUCUCCCUCAUCAUUCCAUGUAUUGUACUGGUUCUCAAAUUUGUGCUUAUAUUUCCCUGUCUAGACAAACAACUCACACACAUUCGGCAGGGCUGGGAGAGGAAUCCCCGAUACUCAGAACAGUCAAACUACAUUAUCAACAAGUCUGCUGUAUAAUUAGCCUAAGCUGUAUUGUUAAGAAGAAACAAACAAACAAAAGAUUAUUAAGGCAUAUCAAAAUGAAGUCCUGAUUCUCCUUUAUCUGGAGAGUGAGAGAAAAAGUGAAAAUCUUAGGCAGGCCCUAAGUAAAAUAAACUCAUCCUAGUGGCAAGCUUAAAAUCCAAAUCAAACAAGAGGUCAUUGAGGUCCUGCACUUCAGGCAUUCUUUCAUGCAGGCGUAGGCCCUCUCUUUUGCUCAGUGUACUCCUCCUUUCCUGUUCACCCUCCAUUCUUAAUGAGUAUGAGAGAAGUAAUGGUGUUUAGUGUCCCUCUGUCACUCCAAAUCUCCUCCGGGGCUGGCCAGAACUAGAGCAACCUCCUGUGUCAGCUGGUGUCUGCUCCUCUUCGCUGUUCUGCCCCUGUGGAUCAGGUCUCCAUGCUCCUACACACACACAGGCACGCACACCUAUACACGAGCACCCACCCUGCUUCCACCUCCAGAAGCCACAAGCCUGUAAAAAGGACACAGGACGGAUGCUGGAUGAGGAAGGGCUAUAAUCUUCCCAACAUCAGUUUAUCCUCCGUUAAUAUCUGAUCUGAAAGAGAUCUGUAUUCAUGCCUUAGAGACAGUUGAGUAAGAUUUUCUUGGUUUGUGUGCAGGAACUCUAGUGUUCAAAGUGUAUCUGCCAAGGAUUACCGAAUCCUUGCUGUACUGCAGAAGCUCAGGUGGGAAGGGGAUGGAAGAGAGACCAAAAUGCCAGGAAGAUGUGAGAUGUGCUCACAAGUUUCUCUGCAAGUAUGGUGAAUUUUUGUGUAAGCAGUGAGUUUUAAGGAACUGAAGGAAAAUCCUAUUUUAUCAGGGGUUUUGUAUUAUAUGUCAUGAUUAUAUCUCAUGAUGAUAAGGUUGUUGAUUUCUCUAAAAAUAAAUUUUGGAUGCAAUAUUAUAGAUAUUUGAUAAAAAUACAUACAUUUUAACCAUAAUAAA